AUGGACCAUGCGACGCUCGUCUUCGCCUCCGUUUUCCCCGUUCCUUCGCUCUCGCAUACGACGCCUACACCUGUUGCGACGCCCGACCUCGGAUACACUGGGACCGGAGCUUCUUUCGGUAGUCCACACGUUGCCAACAAUGCGGGGACGCAACAGCGCGCUGUGCGGCGCAGCCUUGCGUGGAGCACAGCAACGCGCUUUCUGAGCUUGCCGAGAGAUCUGAAUAAGGCCCCAAUAGGGACACAAAGACCACCAGACGUUGAGGACGCACUCAGCUAUCUGCUGGUUGGGGAAGGCACCAGCCAGGACGGUGAAGAAGGCAUUGCAGAUUGGUAUGCCAACGAGGCACGGUUACACUUUGCAAAUCAUGUGAGACAGGGUCUGCUCGAAUCCUGGGACAAGGACAUUGAAUUGAGCAAUGCCUGGCAUGUCCUCGAAGACACCCAACAAGUGCUCCAGCAAGUUCAGGACCUUUACUCCCAGCCUUUCCACGACCACUUACUACCGUUCGUACAAGAAGCCGCCGCCAAUAUCACGAUUCGCGCCAGUACGUCCUCCGAUAACCUUGAAGCCGAGACGGUUAAAGCCGCGAAACGCAAGUUUGAAAUGGAAAUACAUGCUGUCUUUGCGCACAGUCUCCCUGCAAACCGAUUUUCGAAGACGCUGAGCUAUAUGCUCUAUGAUGCAGCAUGUAAAUUAUUCCGAGUUCAGGUACGCCAUGACGGCAUUGUACAGGGCGAAACCGAGCCUAUAGAUACGAAGAAAGUACGCCGACGGAUGACGCUCUUGUUGAUUGGCCUCAAGGGGGUCGGUUUAGGACAAGAUGAAGCUCAAAGAGCGUUGGCGUAUGCAAUGAAUAAGCUCCUGGAUACUUAUAUCUCAAGCCAUUAUCUCAAAGUAGAUUGGUACUCUAAACAGUCCGUAACAGCUCAAUUACGCGUAUGGAUCGAAAGUGGAUUCAUUCCCUUAGCCGAACUCGUCUUGGAGUGUCUAGAAUGCGACCCUGCAUCCAUACCACCGCUGCAGCGGAAGCAGUGGCAAGAGAUGGCUUUGGCGAGACUCGGCCGUGCAAGGGUCGAGGACCUCUUCGACUUUGUCACCAAUUGGGACCGAAGUUCAGGCGCUAUAUUGGACCUUAAGGAUUACCUUAGACUGGACGGCGCGAAAGAAUACCUCAAAGGCAAUUUCUCCCGACAGGUUUCUCGACGACUACUGCAUCCGGGUGCGACUACAACAUACAUUCUGAAUGUCUACAUCUUUAUAAUCCGUGCAUUCCACAAACUCGAGCCCAAAGGUGUCCUGUUACAGAGCGUAGCACGACCCAUUCGGAAAUAUCUGAAGGAGCGAGAAGAUACUGCUCGCAUCAUCAUAUCGAGCCUGCUCAUCGACCCGAAUGAUGGAAACAGUGUCAAGACGGCAUCCGCUGGAGAGCUGUCCUUUGAGGUCGCCAGUGAAAUGGCAAAACCAUUUGCACAUGCAGAAGAUGCUGACGAUGAGGCAAGCUGGAACGAUAUGAGCUGGCAGCCUCCACCAUACGAUGCAUCUCCUGAGUACAGAAAGUCGAAAGUAGAAGACGUCAUUUUCUUCCUCUUGACGCUGUGGGAUCGCGACGACUUCAUAAAUGAGCUGAAGAAUAUUUUCGGUGAUCAUCUGCUGAAAUGCCAGGAUCCAGAAUUUCGUAAGGAGAUUCGUCUUCUCGAGCUCAUCAAGAUCCGACUUGGCGAAGACAAAUUGCAAGCAUGUGAGGUCAUGUUACGCGAUGUCCUGGAGUCAAGGCGCAUCAAUGAAACCAUUCGAAGAGCCAGCGACCAAACCCAAGACCAACCUUCACAGACGCCCGAAAUUCUCGAUCCAAAAACGCCACGACCGCGUCGCGCAGCCACCUCCACACCACUUGUCAAACCUCCGCCAGGCCCAGCACUCAGUGCGCAUAUUCUCUCAUCCUUUUUCUGGCCCAUACUCCGCGACGAAACUUUCCGUGUCCCCGCGCAGAUCGAAUCACUACAGCGUGACUAUGAUACUCGCUUCGAGCGCAUCAAGGGCAUGCGCAAGCUACGCUGGAUGAACGCUCUGGGCGAAAGCCGUAUCACUCUAGAGUUCGACGACCGGACCGAAGACUUUGAGCACUUGACGCCGUGGCAGGUCAGCGUCAUAUACGCUUUCCAGUCACAGCCCGGCGAAGAAUGGGCAGGGAAAGGAAAAGGGAAGGCGAAGAGCGAAGGUAUAACACGAAGUGCGGAGCAGCUCGAAGAGAUGCUUGAAAUGGACGAUUCGCUCGUGCACCAGGCACUCGCGUUUUGGGUCGGAAAGUCUGUCCUCCUAGAAGUGUCACCUGAUGCAUACACGGUCAUUGAGCGCCUGGAUUCUUCGACCAAAGACUCCGAUGCUGCGGCCGCAGCGCAGGAGCUUGCUGAAGUGCAGGCUGCGCAGUCUACGACGGUCAAGUCGCAGGCUGAUUUACUAAACGAGAGGAAGGAUGUAUACAUGAGCUUCAUCAUUGGUAUGCUGACGAAUCAGGGGAAUUUGCCUGUCAUGCGCAUUCUGAUGAUGAUGCGGAUGAUGGUUCAGGGGGGGUUUCCAUUUGGUGCUGAGGAGGUGAAAGCGCUGUUGACUGAGAUGGAGGGAACUGGGAAGGUAGUACCGCUUGGGGGCGAUGUUUGGGGCAUCAGGAAGUGA